AUGACCGCCACCGCCGGUUCCACCGCGGCGCACUCCGUGGCGGAGCAGGCUGCCAAGCGAACAACCGCAGCUGCAGCAAUUUCAGGAGCAAAGCCGACGUAUUCCAAGCCGGUCACCGAGUUUUGGCAGAAGCACUUGACGGAACAGUCCCGCGACGGGUGGUACAAGAAGGCCAUUGACUACUGGGACCAGCAGGAAGCGUCGGUGAACGGUGUUUUAGGCGGGUUCGGCCACACCAGCGCACAGGAUCUGCGGGAGAGCAAGCGGCUGUUGCAGAUUUUGAAGGGCCGGAAGGAUUUGAGCAUGGAGUUUAACACGGUGCUGGAUUGCGGCGCGGGCAUCGGGAGGAUCAGUAACGGGUUGCUGUUGCAGGAGUUCAAAGCCGUGGACUUGCUGGAACCGUGUCAAAAACUCUUCAACCAGGCGAAGAAGGAAAACGCGGAAAAAAUCCGGUUUUUCUUCCAGAAAUCCUUGCAAAAUUUCCAAUUUUCGGUCGAGGAGAUCGACGGAGCGAGUUGUGGAGGUACUGGCGUGACUACAUUAAGUAGUGCAGCAACGACUUCUGCAACAUCUCCUUCUGCUAGCGCAACUUCAGGGAUGAACAACUCCACGAGCACGAGCUCUAGUACAGCGGCACCUCCGGCCGCUGCAGCUCUCGGUAUCAAUGAUAAGAUCAGAGAGCUCUCCUCCACCUCCCUGCAGUACGACUGUAUUUGGAACCAGUGGGUCUUGCUCUACUUGACCGACGACGAUUUGAUCACGUAUUUGCAAAAGUGCCAGCGGCAGUUGACCAAGCCGGGCGGGUUCAUGUUUGUCAAGGAGAACGUGUUGUUACCGCCGGCAGGAUCGGUGGACAGAAGCCACCCGGCCUGGACCAAGUACGAGAAGGGCAUGGAGAUCGACGAGGACGACAACGGCGUCACGCGGAGCGACGAUCGCUACCGGGAGCUGUUCGAAAAGGCGGGAUUGGAAUUGAUCUGUGCGGUGAAACAGGCCAAUUGGCCGAAAGAUUUGUACCCGAUCUACAUGUAUGUACUGAGAUGAGAUGAUUUUGAAGGGAAGUCGAUUCAUGUCGCGAGGUAGCGCAAGGUCAUUUGGGCGAGUCCAUUUAAGUAUUAAAUCACCAACAUUUGCGGCUUUAACACAACAACGGCCACUAAUGCUGAAGACAAGUUGAAUAAGAAAAACAGCGUAAUUGUCGCGCCUUUGAUUGUGA